AUGGCCUUUACAGCCCUCAACACCAGGCCAUCAGCGCCCGUCGUGCCAGUGCAGACUCCUGCGACGGCCCCGGCUCCUGCGCCAACUCCAGCCCCGGCCGCGACACGUGCGCCGCACCCCCCAGAAAUCGAUGCCGCUUUUGCUGGCGACCAUGAACUGCGAAAGCGCGUGCAUGCCGCCAUAGACCAAGACCCCACACAGAGCACGCUAUUUCGUGACAUUUCAACAUUCAUCCUCAACCAAGCGCCACAACCGGCCGCCGAGCCAGCGACCAAGAAGCGCAAAAUUGAUGACGGCAAUGGCGCGCAGAACAGCGCUUCCACGACUGCAGGAAGCCUUACGAGUGCGGCAGCCCAGGCAUUUAAGACAUAUCCCGGCGUCAGCUUCUCGAUGCCGCAGCGCAAGAAGUUUACCCUCGAACUAGUCGGCAAGAAGGAUGGCGGUAUCAGGGCGGUUGGCGCCAACGGGAGCAUCGAGUUCGCAAUGGCAUGGAAAGACAUUGACCAGAUCUUCUGCCUGCCGGUGCCCGAGAAGGCGAAGAAGCAGCACAACUUUGUCAUCGUUCCCGUCCAUGGAGAUGGCGUUGCCCCGGUCCCCGAUGAGCUCAAGGCCUCGCCACCAGAGCCGAUAGUCUGGACGUUUGAGGAAGCAACGGGAAAAAACAUUGUCGAAGGCGAGGAUCCAGGGCCAGCUCCAAUGGCCGAGGCGAUACAGCACUGCCUGACACAAGCAGGCACAGGAAAGGACGUUGUCUUUCCCAAUGCCGACGAGUUCGCAAGCGCUGUCCCGGAGAGCCACCGGAAGGGCGAGAAGGCAUACCAUGUCAAAGCACACAGGGGCAGUAAAGAAGGCUAUCUCUUCUUCACCUCUGUAGGUAUCCUCUAUGGCUUCAAGAAGCCGCUCGCCUUCUUUGACUUUGCUGCCAUUACCAGCAUCUCCUACACCGCCGUCUUGCGCAACACAUUCAACCUUGUCAUCACCACCCCCACCGGUGAUAUCGAAUUCGGCAUGCUUGACCAGGCAGAUUUUGCCGGCAUCAACGAGUACGUGCAGAAACAUGGCCUGCAGGAUGCCAGUUUGGCAGACGAGCGCCGCGCCAAGAAGCUCAAUGUGAACAAGGUGGGCGGUAAGAAGGACGCGGCGAAUGGCGCCGAGGCCCAGGGAGCUGCAGAGGAAGAAGAAAGCGAGCUGCAGAAAGCGGAGAGAGAGUUGCAGGAGCAGGAAGAAGACGACGAAGAGGAUGACGACGACUUUGACCCGGGGAGUGAGGGCGAAAGUGAAGGGUCGGGAUCCGACACUGACGACGAAGAUGAAGAAGGCGGAGGCUAUCAAGAAGGCGACACCGCCGAGGUUGAGUAUGAUGAGGCCGAUGCCGAUGAGAUGCAACACUGAAUCUCACCUGCUACUUAGCACCAAUCGCCUUUUUCUUUUGAUGGUGUAGCAAAUCUUUGUUGGUACCAUAUUAUCUUUGUCCAGCGCAAUCUCUUUGAUGAUAUUACUGCAGGUAAGCCAGGGCUAGACUUCAAGAGUUUGAGAUGGACAUUCACUGCCUAAAUCCCUGGUGUCAUGGGUCUUAAGGCUGGAUAUUUCAGAAGUGACGCCACGGCCUAGCCACGCAAGGACACUUCAACGCCUUCCACGUUAUCCGCCACUGCCCAUUUCAACACCCUAAUUUUCCGCGAAAGAAAGCUGCAUUCUUCACCACACGAAGUAGACCGCGUCAUUUCGCAUUGCAGGGUAGCCAUUCAACUUUGCCAUACCCCUGCUACAUCGAUACAUCCUUAUCACAACC